ACUUGUUCACGUUAUUACGUAAGAUAUACCGAGGUUACUUUUACAUUGUCUAUAUCUAACUUUUUGAAUCUUGUAAAUACGACGACGUGAAUGGUUAUAAAAUGCGGCGUGUAGUGAAAUCAUAUUCUUGUCAUUGAUGAUCCUAGCAACGCACUCAAUUAUACUCAAGAAAGAUUAGCCCCUAAUAAACUAUUAAUUUAACUUAUAUUAGUUCAGACGAGUGGCUGAACUGCAUACAUUGGUUGACAACAAAGUUUUGAAACCAUAUCAUAGCGUCAACAUGCGAGAGCAAAGGAAUCAAUCGAAUAUUGGCCUGUCAAAAACAUUGAAUACUCGUUGCAUAUAUGUUACUCACCAGUGUCCUAUAAAAAGUGUUUUGUAAAAAGCCACACAGGUUCUUUGUUAAUUAAUCAUAUCCUGGUAUUGUUUUGCCUUUAAAAAACAGCAGUUACGUUCUCAAAUAUGAACGUUCCAAGGGGUAUAUCAGGUUUUAAGUAAACUUGUAGGACUUGUCGUUUCGUGAUGCAGUAAUGUGAGCGUUCGAUUAAACAUAUUAGUUUUUUUCAGUCCAAUACUGCAUCAUUCAAACUUUACCUAUCUGAUUGAUUACUAUGAAGGAUAUUAUUGUCUAAAAUUUGAAUAGCCUGAUUAAUUAGUUCGAAAACACAUUUGCAAUCCGGUGUUUUAUAUGAGGCUUUAAAGAUACAAGCUAUUUCAUGAUAUCAUCUUAUUCCUUGUUAAUUUAAGUUUUCUGUCAAAACAACAGCAAAUAUGCAUUAAUACUGAUAAAAUUGAACUUGUUUAGACACUUUGCUUGUUGGGGUUUUGAUUUUAUGGUUCACCUGUAUAUGAUUUUUUCUUUGCUUGUGCUUUCCAUAAUACAACUCAUGAUUUUAAAUAUUAUGAUAAUAUGUUCUUAUUCUUCGCCUAACUCUAGACACAAAACUUUAAAUAAAUGAAUAGUUAAGGGUAAAUGAACCUCAAAUAUAAAAUGUUAUAACUGGUUAACCACUAAUUUUGCUGAUAAAUUUGAAUUCGUGAUGUUUACAUGGGAACGUGCGUACAAUACGUAGUAUGACCUUUAUAUGCCUCCGAACUAUCAAAUUUUUUGUGGAUGUACUUUUGACUCAUUGCUUUCGUUAUAUCAGCUAACCAUAAAUUGGUUACUGAGAGAACUGCUAGAAGACUACACGCUUUAACCCUACUAACAUUUAUCCAGGUGGUUUCCGCUUGGUAGAUGUAACUGGUCGUAACAACUAAGUAAUCAAACACUACUUACCUGUUCGUGAAAUUUUUGCAAAUGUAGUCGGUUAUAGAGAAGACAGAGGAGACCAAACCAAAAUGUAGCAUCUGCACAUGAUGUGACUGUUUGUCUGUACAUAUUAUUUUUGAAUAUAUACAGACUAUUUAUUUGGGAUCAGUAGCUGGAGAUAAAAGGUAGAAUGACUCCAAAAUUGUCAGAAUGGAGCGGAUGCAUUCACUCUGUCUUUUCCUGAUUCUAUUAUCCCUUCAUAAAUGUCUUUUCGUCCCAUCGCGAACCACAUACUCAACCUUUGGACAUUUUGUCGUUAAUACUACAGUGUUUCGAAUUUUUUGAUAAUUAUUAGGCUAAUUUCACCUCAUCAUCGUAAUGUGCUUUGACAAAUUGAAAUAACGCUUAUAUUCACCAAACCCUCUGGGGAUUAUGAAUGAAUGUCCUACAUAUAAACUUUGAAUUCUAAGAAAAAUUAAUUUAAAUAUAGUUUACGCAGUGUGAAAUUUCGCAUGUCCCUGUGUGUCUUCUCGAUCAUUUCAAUAUACAACAGGCUUUUUAGGCAAACUCUACGCAAAGACGUAUUUUAAACACUAGCGUUGAUAACCGAAUUCAAUCCUCUAGUGCUAACUUAUAAAUUAUUUAAUGAAGUUUGCCAUCUCAUAUGGCUUAACACUUAUUAAUUACUUCAACCUUAGUUCAUUGUUAAUAGCAAUGGAUCUUUACCAUUUGCAUUGUUUAUGAAAGUCCUUUGACCUUGGAGAUUUGCAUACCAGUAAAAACAUACGAUAUGUGAAAAAUCUUACGUUAUUCUAAACAUGACCUAAGUAAGACAAAUUGACUUUGAAAAGUUAUAGCAACAAGUGAUUUCGGCAUUUUCACCCAUAGAACACUUUACAGAGGUAAUUGAGGUACGAUCUCAACACUAAAUUCAAUAAAGAAUCACAUUCGCAAACUUACAAUCGGGACUAUCACAGGAACCUUAAAUUAUGCGGGGUUUAUAAAUACUGAUUGACCUUUUCAAUAAAUUGGAUUUCCUUGAUUUACAUCAAUAACAUGAGAAACGUUUACUUGUUCACAUUAAGUGGUUUUCUUAGGAGGUCACACCCGGAGCCUUCGACCUAAAAAUCUGAUCCACAAGGCAGUGGAGCAACGUAAGGAGAUGCAGUCUCAUGGUAACCGGUGACCAACGAUUGGUUCGUACGCCAUUUGUUCCCCCAGGAUACUGGAUCCCAUGUGCACCAUUGGUUUGGAAUCAGGGUUUUCCAACUCUCCUAGAUGGACUCUCCAUGUCCACCAACCCGGUUAAAGCGCCGGACAUUCUAUUUUCGUCCUCUAAAUUUCGUAAACAACACCCCCGCCACGAGAAGGCAGUGAGUAGGACUUCUCUGGCAUAUGCUCUAUAUAUGAGUGACCAUGUGAAAGCAUUUCGAGAGGGUGAGCGAACUCUUUCCACUCUCGGUCGUACCAGGGCAUUUGAGGGCGUAUAGAGGCGAGUUCCACACAAUUGAUUGUUCACCGACGAUCCGUAGCGUCGCGAUUGGAUCCGUAUACGACUGAUUUUCACGGAAUCCAGUCUGUUGAUCUCGAAGUUGAGUGUCUAAUAAACUUCCAUACGAUUCAGCAAUACUCUGUCAAAAACCUUUCCUCAUACCGACAGUAGUUUUCACAUUCGCCCAGAUAUCCUCUCUUUGGUAUCUUGGUGAAGUGUCCUUCUUUCCAGUCUGUCAGUGGCACUCGUCACUCCUCCCAAAUCUUUCUGAAUAGAACGUGGUGCAUGUUUGCACUUACUACCAUAUGUGACUUCAGUGCUUCAUGUUGUGUGUUGUCAGGUCGUGCUGCUUUCCCAGUCCUGAUUUGUCUAAUGACAAUCCUGACUUCUUCGAUCGUUGGUGUAGUAAGAGCUAUAGGAUAGUUUGUAGGUGCUGCUUCGAUGUCUGGUGGGUUCAGUGGAGGUGGUCCAUUUAAGCGUUUCUCAAAGUGUUCCACCCAUCUGUUCCUCUGUUCUUGAAUCUCAGUGAUUGUCUUGCCUUUUUUUUCCUCGACCGGUUUAUCUGGUUUACUAUGUCACGGUGUCAGUUUCUUCGUCGUGUCAUAUAGUUGUUUGAUAUUUCCUUCUCUCUCAGAUUUUUCAACUGUCGUUUCUAGGUUUUCCAUGUAUUUCUGCUUAUCAGCUACGAAUGCUCCUCUUCAAUUGUUUGUUUGUUUGAUUCUGUUUACUCAGCUCGCGCCUUGAUUUUCUCUGUUCUUAAUCGACCGUUGUUGAUUACUGUCUUCUUGCUCUUCCUUUCUUGAAUCCAAAACAGGGUUUUCAUAGAAAUCCAUUCAUUAUGAUGAUGCGUUUUGCGAUCCAGUACCUCCUGGAACGUUAAAGUUAGUGCUUCUUUGAUCCCUUUCCAAUUGUUCUCCACAGCAGUUUCUUCCUUCAGUAGACAUUAUAAGGUUUGGAACCAGUUGUUGAGAGCUAUGUCGAUUUGGUUGAGUUUGUUAGUAUCUCGAAGAAAGGCUGUAUUGAACCUUUACAAUGCUGUUUCUCCAGUUGUCCAGUGCAUCUGUAGCUUCAGUCUCAUCUUAUCAAACACCAGGUAGAUGGUGACCUGAAUCUAUAUCAGAUUCUCUCCUGGUUCUCACGUCUUCCACUGUUCGUUUGAAUAUUUUAGUGAUGCAAAUAUAAUCGAUGUGAUUCUCUGUAGUGUGAUCCGGUGAGACCCAUGUAGUGAUGUGAAUGUGUUUGUAUGGGAAUAUUGUGCCACCUAUAAACAUUUUGUUGAAUGCACAUAGAUUUGAGAAUCUCUCAGCAUUCUCAUUCGUUUCUCCCUGUCACUCUACGUUGUCCCAUGAUAUCUUCAUAGCCGGUGUUGUCAAUUCCGACUUUGGUGUUUAGGUCUCCUACCUGGAUGGUCAGGUCCCUUCCUGAGCACUUCACCUUGACUGAUUGCAGUCUCUCGUGAAACUGAUGUUUAUCGUCGUCGUUGCUAGCAUUAGUGGGUGCGUAACACUGGAUAACAUUGAUUGUGAUUCCCCCCUUCUUUGUUUUGAAGGAUGCUUUGAUGAUUCGAAUUCAUGAACUUCCCGUUCUAUAAGUGCUAUUCAAGCUUCUUCGGAUAACAUCCGAACAAAUUUCUGAGUGUGUGAAGCAUUAUCUUCUUUGCCGCCAGAGCACAGCACCAUCCCUCCCGUAUCUAACCUUUAAUGUCCAGCUUGGGUCCAAUUGAUUCCAUCUGUCCUGAGUACGACCAAGUUGUAUUCCCUCAUUUCCGUUGCUAUUUGACUGGUCGUCCCGGUCUUCCACAUUGUCCGGAAAUUGUUGCUGUGGUUGUUAGGAGGGGCAUCAGCCUUGUGACUUCUGAAGAAUCUUGCCUUUCACCAUAAAGCAUCUUAAUUCUUCUGAAUGAAUGUCCUUGAAUUCGGCGGUCAGAGUUUGAAUGUUUUAGUUUAUUUAUUUGGGUUAGCGUUUUUUUCGUAAGGUUGUUUUCUACGGGAUGGGAUUGCUGACCUUCUGCCCGACCCUCAUUUAUUACCCGGGAUUCGGACAGGUUUUAGCCCUAGAAGUACCACAGGUGGAGUUUUCUCAUAACUUUAUAUAUAUAUGAUAACUUUGCUGUCUAAAUGGAUUUUAUCCAUAGAAGUUUUGCUAUUCUAAUGAAUUUAAUUUAUCAUUUUGUUUUCUAGACCUAUAAAAAAUUUCUUUCAAGUUUCGUUACAUUAACCGUUAAACUAAUACUUCAAGAUUUUUCAAUUCAAUUGACUUAUUCAUUCUAAUUGAUUUUUUUUAUCCAAAAGUUAUGGUGACGCCUAUUGGAAAAUAUGCUCUGGAAAAUCCAUGUAAUAAUGGUCAUCUAGACAAAGAUGAAGAUGAAAAUGAUGAUGAUGAUGAUGAUGAAAUCAGUUUGAGUUCUGAUGAUGAAAUUAAACUAAAUAAUGGUUUAGAAAGAAAGAAUUCACAAUCUGUUUGGUUUCGUGCACAAAAACGUAUUAUCGGUCGAGUUCUACAAAAUGAUCAAUCAAUCAAAUCAAUAGUUGGAAAACGAGCAUACGAUUCACUUAAAGCUUUACGUUCUUUAAUGAAAUUACAUAUAAAACCUGAAAAAGAUGUAAAACAAUUAUAUAAAUAUUUAAUUAAAACAAUUGGAAAAAUUGGUGUUAUAUCAAAACAACAAAGUUUAACUGAAGAAGAUUAUACAAAUAUACAUGAAAUAAAAGAGAAAAGUCGUACAAUUGGUCUUACAUUAAUAAGUUUUGCUCAAACGGAAUAUACAUAUAAUUAUAAUUUUAUUAAAGAACAAUUAGAUGAUUGUAAAGAGAUUAUUUGUCAAGCUGUUUCAUCAUAUUUAAGUCAAAAAUCUAUUGAACGUAUUAAACAUGUAUUUAAUGUAUUAAGUUCAAGUGAAUUUCUUGAUUCUGUAUAUGAUCAAACAGCUGAUGAAAUAAAAAAAGCACAUCUACGUAAUUUAAUCAAAUGUUUAACUCUUUUAUUGGAACAAGUUAAAUAGAAUAAUGUUUUUAUUCAGUUUAAUUAUCGAAUAAAAAUAACUAUUGUCCUUUUGUGAUCUCAACCUUUGAGACACUUGUAUACAUUAACUUCCG